AUGAAGAUAAAUUUGAUCUUAUCAAAGUAUGGGGACGGUGAAAUAGGCGUUUCCUCGGCAUCUUGUCACUUUGGUCUCGCGUGCGGAAUUUCUCCUGCCCGGAGCGACCCCCAAAAUGCUUCAAUCGCAUUCGCAAAGGAAGUUGUGUCACAAAUACAGCCAGCGCAUAGGUAG